AUGCCUCAACGUACCUUGAAAUCGUCGCUGCUGCGUUUGCGGAACCUGAUGACGUCAUUCCAAGGAAUCUACACGUACAUGCAGAACUACGACGACCAGCGGGACGCGCGUGAGCUGGCAUCGCGGUUGGAAAGGUUAGACUCGCUGUGGGAGAAGAUCGAUGAGGCAAUGGCGGAAGUUGAGGAACAGUCGGAGGAGGAGGAGGAAGAGAGGUAUGUGAAAGAGCGUUUGGAUUUCCAGAAUAAAUUUUUUGAGCUGAAAGGUUUUCUCCAAUCCAAAAUGCGGGAAUAUCCCGUAUCGAGUGCAUCCCUGCCGGUUAACGAGUCGAAUUUCGCCGCAACUUCCCAUCCGCACGUUAAAUUGCCUUUAAUCAGUCUGCCUAAGUUUUCCGGAAACAUCGAAGAGUGGUUGUCAUUCCGAGAUCUGUAUUUGUCCCUUAUUCAUCACUCUGAAGAUCUACCUGUGAUUGAAAAGUAUCAUUAUCUUCGGAGUCAACUAGAAGGGGAAGCCCUCUCUGUUAUAUCGUCACUUGCGUUAACCCAAGCGAAUUACACGGUAGCGUGGGAUUUGUUGGUCAAAAGGUAUUCGAACAGCAAAGCCCUUAAGCGAAAACAAGUUCAAAAUCUUUUCGAGCUUCCUUUCAUCAAACGAGAAUCAGCAUUCGAGCUUCAAGCAUUGGUCGAAGGUUUUGAGAAGUCAACGAAGGUGUUAGAUCAAGUGGUCCAGAUUGCUGACUAUAAGGAUUUGUUGCUGAUUCAUCUGUUGUGCUCGAGGUUUGACGAAAAAACGCGACGUAGCUGGGAGGAGCACACUUCAACGAAGGAAGAAGAAACUCUGAAGGACUUGGUUGAGUUUCUGCAUCGCCGUAUUCAAAUAUUGGAUUCACUCCCCGGGAAACCCUCCGAACAACAUCCACCUCCUAUUCGAAAGGCCAUCCAAUCCAAGGCAGGUACUUCGAAUGCUACAAUCAGCUCCAAUAUCGGGAGGUCAGCGAGAAAGGUUCUUUUGGCUACGGCAGUUGUUCUACUGGAGGACGACUAUGGAAAUUCGGUUUCAGCUAGGGCACUUUUAGAUUCGGGAUCUGAGUGCAACAUAAUAUCCUCACAUUUCUCGCAACUACUUCGUUUCAAAAGGAACAGAGCUGAUGUGCAGAUCAGCGGAAUAGGUCAAUUCCCUACUAGUACCAAGGAAAAGGUUCGUGCUAUGGUUCGCUCGAAAAACUCUAAUUACGCCCAAAUUAUGGAUUUUUAUGUAUUACCGAAAGUAACCGAGGAUUUACCCACAUCUUCUUUCUCCGAGACGGUUUGGAAUCUGCCGAAAGGAAUCACACUAGCCGAUCCCCCAAGUUUAAUUGAUUCGGUUUUCGGGUGGCUAGUGACAGGAAGCGUAGCUAACAGCAAGGAAGAACCAAUUUUAUGCAAACAUUUGGCGGUUUUAGAUUCGUUGGAGAAUCUUAUGGCGAAGUUUUGGGAAUGCGAAAACGGAAGUCGUACUGUAAACUAUUCUGUGGAAGAAACACAAUGCGAAAAACUUUAUUUGGAAUCGGUGAAACGUGGGAAGGAUGGUCGUUAUACAGUAGCCUUACCGAAGUGCGAAAAUGCGUUGAACAAAUUGGGGGAUUCCAAAACUUCAGCAAUGCGACGGUUUCUGAACCUUGAGAAACGACUCUCCUCUGAUGAAAAUUUGAAAAACGAAUACCAUGCAUUCAUGACAGAAUACUUGAAUUGCGGUCAUAUGGGGAAGGCAGAUAAUCUUUCGGAUAGCACAAUUGCUUUUUAUUUACCACACCACCCGGUUAUAAAAUCCUCAAGCACCACCACUCGCGUGCGAGUUGUUUUUGAUGCCUCCAGUAGAUCAUCCUCAGGAACAUCCUUGAACGACAUACUUUUGAAUGGCCCUGUAGUUCAGGACGAUUUGCGAACUCUUAUUAUGCGCAGUAGAUUUUUCCCGAUUGUCCUUAUUGCCGACGUAGAAAAAAUGUUCCGGCAAAUCUGGAUUGACCCAAAAGACUACCCGUUACAGCGCAUAUUUUGGCGAUUUUCUUCAGAAGCUCCCAUUGAAACUUAUGAACUCCGUACAGUAACAUAUGGUACAAAAUCAGCUCCCUAUCUGGCUACGCGAACUUUGAAACAGCUUUCAGACGACGAGGUACAAAAAUUUCCGCUAGCUGCUUGUAGACUUAGCAGAGAUGUAUACAUGGAUGACUUAAUCACCGGAAUCAACAGCACAACUGAAGCGAAGAAAAUUCGCUUGGAGCUGGAUGAAUUGGCACUUAGUGGAGGUUUUAAAUUACGGAAAUGGGCAUCCAACCUCCCAGAAGUACUGGAAGGAGUCAUUGCUGAGAAUUUGGCAAUUCCUCUGGACGAUGGCAUUGACUUUGAACGUGAUCGAACGGUCAAAACACUUGGCUUAGUGUGGGAGCCAAAAUCUGAUGAGCUGCGGUUCAAUUUCGAAAUUUCCCCAAUCAUUCCCGAAGAGCUUACCAAACGGAAAAUACUAUCCAACAUCGCUAAAAUUUUCGAUCCGUUAGGAUUACUAGGACCGGUGGUAACGAGCGCCAAAAUAUUCAUGCAGCUGAUUUGGGAGCAGAAAAAUAAAGAUGGUAACCCUAUUGGAUGGGACGAACUCCUACCCCAACCCUUAACAGACUGGUGGACAGAAUUUUAUUCCCUUCUCCCAAAUUUAAAAGACCUCCGCAUUCCCCGCUUCGUUGGUUUAGCUUCUGCGAAUCAGAAACAGCUCCACUGUUUCUCGGAUGCCUCCGAAAAGGCAUAUGGUGCCUGCAUGUAUUUGGUUUCCAAAGACCCCACAGGAAAAACACAAGUAUCUCUCGUUUCAUCCAAAUCAAGAGUUUCACCCUUAAAACGCCAAACUAUUCCCCGAUUGGAGCUCUGUGGAGCUUUGCUAGCAGCUGAACUGUACGUGAAGGUUUUGGAAUCUAUGGAAGCCCCCCUUGAAACAUAUUUUUGGACAGAUUCUAGAACCGUUCUACAGUGGUUGGCACAAACUCCUAGCACUUGGACCACAUUCGUGGCCAAUCGUGUUUCCUCUAUCCAGAAUUUCACCCAAAAUUGCACUUGGAAACAUGUGCCAGGUAUAAUGAAUCCCGCCGAUCAAUUAUCCCGAGGGCUCAACGCUGAGCAAAUUGUCACAGAUCAAACAUGGUGGACUGGCCCACCAUGGUUAGCACAGGACUCCGAACAUUGGCCAAAUUCAAUCAAUCAACCCUGUGAAGAAAAUGUCCACGAAGAAGAACGAAGGAAAGUGGUAGGAGUUGUAGCUGAAAACGAAGGCACAUUCAACGAUUGGUAUUUUGGUCACUUUAAAUGCUACUUUAAACUUCUCCGUGUUACCGUUCUAUGUCUCCGUUACCUUUACAAUUUGGGCAAACCUGCUGAAGAGAGGAUAAAAACAACUAGGAUCAAACUUUGCGAACUCAUCGAUGCCGAAAAACAACUCGUUCGUUUAGUUCAAAAGGAAGCUUUCUCAUCCGAACUGAAAGACUUAAGGAAAUCUGGUUUCGUUCAUCGAUCAUCGAGGCUGCGCUGGCUGGUUCCAAUGAUUCGCGAUGAUGGUAUACUAUGCAUCGGUGGGCGGCUCGAACACUCAGAUUUGUCCACAGAAAGCAAACACCCCAUGAUAAUCCCUGGAAAUCAUCAAUUCUCAAACCUUCUAGCUGAAAUUUACCACAUCCGAUUGCUACACGCUGGCCCACAGUUGAUGCUAAGCUCUAUGCGUCUAAAAUUCUGGCCGUUGAGUGGAAGAGACCUUUGCAGACGAAUAACACACCAAUGCUUAACCUGUUUUCGCAUAAAACCCAAACUCCAACAACAAUUUAUGGGCCAAUUACCAUCACCACGUAUCCAGGCAUCCAGAGCAUUCACCCACACAGGAGUGGACUAUUUCGGUCCCGUCUACAUACGGCAAGGCUACAGAAAGGCACCGAUCAAGGCAUACGUUGCGGUUUUUGUGUGCUUUAGCACGAAAGCGGUACACCUCGAGUUGGUUUCGGACUUGUCCACCGCCAAGUUCGUCCAGGCUCUCCGUCGUUUCAUAGGCAGAAGAGGGAAAUGCGCCACUCUUUAUUCCGACAACGGAACAAAUUUUGUCGGCGCACGUAAUCAACUCAAGGAACUGCUCAAAACUCUACGAAGCCGCGACCACCAUGACGAAAUGCAGCAAGUAUGUAGUGAAGAAGGAAUCGACUGGCAGCUGAACCCUCCCUCCGCUCCUCACUUCGGUGGCUUGUGGGAAGCCGCUGUCCGCUCCGCCAAAAAACAUCUGCUACGUGUUCUGGGAAAUUCCUCUGCCUCCCACGAAGAUUUCGAAACUCUCCUCGUCCAAGUCGAAGCCUGUCUCAAUUCUCGACCUUUGACGCAACUUUCCGACGAUCCCAAAGACUUCCAACCGCUCACGCCAGCUCACUUCCUCAUCGGUUCCUCCAUCCAUGCGCUCCCCGAGAAAGACCUCAGCUCAACACCUGAAAACCGACUGAAGCAGUACCAACUGAUGCAGCAACAGCUCCAACGUUUCUGGCGAAGAUGGCACAUCGAGUACCUGACUCAGCUCCAACCUCGAGUCAAAAACUGGCAGCCUCCGAUCAAGAUCGAGCCCGGCCGGCUUGUCAUUAUCGUCGAUGAAAACCAACCGCCGAUGAAGUGGAAGAUGGCCCGUAUUCACCAAGUGCACCCUGGAAAUGACGGUGUAACCCGAGUUGUCACCUUACGAACAUCCAAUGGUUAUAUGACUCGCCCUGUAACCAAAAUUUGCAUGCUUCCAAUUCCAACCAACGAUGGAAACGUGUCUUCAGGUUCAGACACCGCCGUGAAGACUACUGAAAUCUAG